AUGACGGGUCAAUCUAUUCAAGAUCGUACGAGCGAGUUCAGCGCUAUCCUCGGCCACGCGCAGAAGCGUCUGGGUGCUUCAAAGGCCGGAUCACAGCGACAGGCACUGUUGACCGACGCUCAAAAGCGACAGGCAAAUGGCUUCUCUUCGCCUGAACAGGAGCGUAAAGCCGGUCGGUCGGAGUUUGCGCGAAGGGCCCGUGACAUUGGGAAAGGCAUCACUGGGACGACUGCGAAGUUACAACGCUUGGCAGAGUUGGCGAAGCGAAAGACCCUAUUCGACGAUCGGCCGGUCGAAAUUUCCGAAUUGACAUACGUGAUCAAGCAAGAUUUGGCUGCGCUGAACCAGCAGAUUGCCUCUUUAGCUGCACUGACACAAGCGCAACAUCCAAAGUCCAACCGCUCGAAAACAGAUCAAGAAGGAGAACACAAUGACAAUGUCGUCGUCAUGCUGCAGGCCAAGCUUGCAGAUGUGGGCUCCUCCUUUAAAGACGUGCUGGAGAUUCGAACAAAAAAUAUCCAGGCUUCGCGAACAAGAACGGAAAACUUUGUGUCCUCAGUCUCGUCCAAGUCGCAUAGUGCACUUGACUCGCAGCGUUCUGAUUCCCCAUUAUAUAAUACCUCCGGCCGUCGUACUCCUCAACCAGGGUACCAAGGCAACUCAUCCGACUUAUUAACCUUGGAUCCCUCGAAUCCAUCGCCCUUGGGACAGUCGUCAAUGCAUUCAGAUCAACAACUGCUGGUCAUGGAGGAAGCGCAGUCAAGCAAUUCCUAUGUUCAAGCCCGUGGGGAGGCCAUUGAGGCCAUUGAACGGACCAUCAAUGAACUAGGUGGCAUCUUCGGCCAAUUGGCUCAGAUGGUCAGUGAGCAGUCUGAAAUGAUCCAACGUAUUGACGCCAAUACCGAGGACGUGGUGGACAAUGUCGAGGGGGCCCAGAGAGAGCUCAUGAAAUACUGGACCCGGGUCUCUGGUAACCGUUGGCUCAUUGCCAAGAUGUUUGGAAUCCUGAUGGUGCAGGAGCGCAAUAUGCGACCGGCGCAGCCAAAAUCAUUCUCCUGCGUGGUUUGCCAUCGGAGAAAGGUCAAAUGUGAUCGUCAGGAGCCAUGUUCAAACUGCGCCAAAUCAAGAGUCGGCUGCGUCUAUCAAGCGCCACCGCCUCCACGGCGCCGCAAGAGAGACCGCGAUGCAGAUACAGAUGCGCAUCAUGAAGAGGAACGAUCGGUCCGGGAAACACCCAGACACACACCCGUUGCAGCAGAUAGAGAGAAGCACACAUCGCUGGCAAAGCACUCUACGAGUAGUGCCGGGGAGCUCAGAGGCGGUUCUGGAAAGAUGAUAUUGAAGGAAGGCAACUCCUUUUACGUGGACACCACGCUAUGGACAAGUCUUCCCGAUGCCGCUGAGAUCUUCAGCGAUGGAGCGGAUGAUAACAGUGAUAUUGUCUCCCAAGGAGGUGAUGAUGCUUCCUUCUUGCUGGCCGGUCCCCAAAAGGAAACAAGCUUAGUGGGAUUGCACCCUGACCCUUUGCGUAUCUUCAAACUAUGGCAAACAUUCCUGGAAAGAGUGAACCCAUUGACAAAGGUUGUGCAUGUGCCCACUAUUCAGCAGCAGAUUCUGGAUGCUAUGAGCGACUUAGAAAAGGUCAACAAGGAAUUUGAAGCCUUGAUGUUUUCAGUGUAUUGUGCUGCCUUGACGUCUCUGCGGCCCGAAGAAGUUGAUAAAGCUUUUGGCGAAACCAAAAAAAGCCUUCUUUCUAGGUGUCGACGAGGAGCACAGCAGGCUUUUCGGAAUGCUUCGUUUCUCCGUUCAUCAAGUACAGUCGUCCUUCAAGCAUACAUGCUAUUUUUGCUAUCAAUGCGAUCCUUCUCUGAUCCCCACACAAUCUGGACGCUGAGUGGGAUUGCGUUACGUAUGGCACAACGAAUGGGAAUCCAUCGUGAUGGCUCCAACCAUGGCCUAUCAAUCUUUGAGACCGAGAUGCGACGCCGUAUUUGGCUCCAGCUAGUGAUAUUGGAAGGAACCUCGGCUGAAUUCUGCGGAGUUGCUGCCGCUCCCUUUGUCAAUGCUGACACCCAAUUACCGAUGAAUGUCAAUGACAGCGAUCUUGACCCGCGAAUGACCGAGCCAGCGUGCGAGAAAGAAGGUCCCACGGAAAUGAUCUUUUGUUUGGCUCGCAGCGAGUUCGGGGGCUGGCUUCGACGCUGGAGGAGCGACGCUUCUGGCUCCGGCUCGCCCUGGGCAUUUUUGACGUCCACAGAAAUGUCAUUGAGCGAGAAGGAUCGAUCUAUCGAUGAGCUAGAAGCAGUGAUGGAACGCAAAUUCCUGAGGUAUUGUGACCCGUCAAUCCCUCUUCACUCGGUGACCACCCUCAUGAUCCGAUCAGUCUGUCAUUACACAAGACUGCUGGCACAUCAUCCUCGCCACCAUCGGGACAGCAGUACUCGUAUUUCUCAGCCCGAGAAAAAUCUAGUCUAUGAGAACUGCUUGAGAAUGAUAGAGUACGCCGAUUACGGCCAGACAAACCCAGAUGUUCAGCAAUUCACUUGGCACAUGGCCAACCACAUGCCAUGGGAUGCCAUCGUCAUCGUCCUGUCUGAGAUGCGCCAAAGGGAUGACUUGUGCGAGAAGAACAGAGUCUGGGAAAUUAUCGGCAGCAUCUACGGUCGUUAUGUGCGGUACAGAUGGAAAAACUCAGAAACGGCCCUUCACCGGGCGCUUCAAAGAUUGUUCAUCAAAUCGUGGAGGGGUUACACCGACGACUGCCGGAGAAAUGGCUGUCCGCCAAGAGCCUGUCCGACAGUGAUCAGGAACAUGUUGGACAACGUGGACAGCACCAUAGAAUCGAAUGCUCAACACGGGAACUCGGGAUUAGACGCAAGUGAGGCUCUCGAGCAGCAAGUCCAGCAGCCGCCCGAAAGUCUCUUGGGUCUUGGAGCCGAGAAUGCUGAAUGUCUUCUCGGUGACAGUCCCUUAGACUGGAACGAAUGGGACCGGCUAUUGGAUGAGUGUCAGGAUCCCCUUGGCGAAGAUAUGACGAUGAUGACAAGGUCUGUGUAA